CAAAAACUAUCGAUCGCAGAAGGUGUUUAGUAACAGAAAUGCAACUUGCAAGUAUCAGUGAAGACGUCGGAAAUUUUUGGCGCGAGCUAGGACCAGUACUAGGAAUUCCUUCAUCAAAAAUCCAAAACCUCGACGAAGAUUGCAGAACUAAUUGGGACAAAGCAUUUUCCCUUCUCAUUUUGUGGAAACAGAGAGGAGGAAAGUGCGCAACAGCAGGAAUUCUUUCGGAUGCUUUGGAGAGAAUUGGAAGAAAAAGGUGGCUGAUGUAUUUGGAUUAAAGUAUUCUCUUUACGAUAGCGAUGAGAAUUCGCAAAGUCGAACUCCUUUAAACUGAACCACUCUCCUUAAGGGAACUUCCGUUACAGGUUUUUUUCUCCUUGAUAGUCAUUUACUAUCCGCUGGCUCUAAGUCUUCCAUCUCGAAACUCUUUUCGCUCCCCUGGCUAGCUCCAUUAUCAGGGGUUUAACUAUCUUUCUGUCUGCACUACGUGCUGCUGCAUUUGUGAGGCAGUAAGGCAUGAAUAACUGAAUAAUAAGUACUGCCAAAGGCUGACUUACGGUGAAGGGCUAUUAAGAUGUGUGAGCGCCCCCCUCCCGCUUGUCUCGAUAUCGGGACUUGAUGAAAAAACCUGGCAUCCCUUAAGUGUCAGUUCAUAGGAUCCCUUGAUGGAGAAUGAUGCCCACGCCUCCCUUAAAUAGUACACUUAUUUAGUUUUCCUUCUCAACAUAUUUCUAGAAAUGUGUGAUGAGAAUCUUCCCACAGUUAUUAAUGUUGGCGAAGGCGAUGAAAUCAGUUUGAGAGUGUUGGAUUCAAAACGUGGCAACGAGGUUUGGAGCUUUAUAUUACAAAGUAUAAUUGCUUCAUCAUAUGCUUUCAAACAUAUGAAUACUAAAUGGCGAAAUAUGUCAGUCUCACGAUGCCAGUAUGUUUAGUUAAUGCACAAUUCAUGCUCUAUUCAGUUCGCUUAUUUGCAUAUUCUCGUUUCGCCACAGCUGAUGCUGUGCAAAGAUCCACAAGGAAAUAAAUACGAGGUAAAACCUCUGCGCAGUUGUGAAGAGUUCAGAAGUUCCAAUCUUGACGAGGUAUUUUUAUUGCCUUUAACGAUACCUUUGAUGACAGCUGCAGAAUGUACGCUGUCGAUAAGUAGUGCAUAAAGUGAACACCCACAAAAUAAUAUUAUUUUUUGUUCUAAGUUAACCCAAUUAAAACCUAUUUUUAAAUGAACAUUUUUGAGCCAAAUUUUGAGCACAUGGUGAACUCUGUGUUUAACCUGUAUCGGAAUGCCUUCCAGUAACGUGAUUUUACCACGCUACUGAGGUGCACCCGUAAAUUUCCUGACAGAGAUAUAUUUUUUUUCGAGGAUGUUCCUGUUUCCGUUCAAGGAUUUGGAGUUGCCAUGGAAACAGAGCAAACAUCAUUUUUACGCCAAAAUAGCUUAAUCAGAGCCCGAUCGGGGGUUCAAGAACUAAGGAGGCAACUGAAAAAAGUAAAAUCAAAGAGCACCCAUUCGUCUGUCGAUGAAACUCCAAAAGUAGAACAAUUGCUACAGUGGUGCGAGGAACAGCGCAGUUGUUGUGAAGGAAUAUAUCUUUCUCUUAUUAGGACAAUUGGUGCGGUUUUUGGAGAGAUAAUGAAAGACAAUUCGAAGUGUAUUCAUCAAUUCUUGGAGUUUACGAUGGAAGUGAAGGACCAAGAAAACAAAAUUUUCUCCCGAAUUGAACCUGCGCUUAGUCAAAGCCAUCAUUUGGAUAAGCAUCAAGUUUCUCGAGUUGAACAACUAGAAAAGUGGAGAAGGGCACACAAAAAACAUAUCGAGGAAGUCGAAAAGUUACUUUCUUUCUUGCUUGAUCAGGUGAGUGCGGAAAGAAAGUAAUCAUAGCGGAAAAUAGAAAAAAGUCAGGUAUUUUCCACAGUCAUUUCCAUCUUUCGAAGCCAAUGUUUUUCAGUUCUUUACAUUAAUGAAAUACGUUAAAAAAAUUUAUUUUUCUAUGAUGGCCUAAAACCCUGACAAGUCAAUAGAAACGUGCAAUUACACCCCCUCUUGUGUAAUAUUUAGUUAAUUUUUUGUGUUUUAGCAAGCUAAAACCGAUCAAAAGAGCAGACAUCAAAGUUUGAGUGAAUGGUCAGGCGUGGACGAGAUAAGAAACAUAUCAAAACCACCUAUAGUUCAUCAAAUGAGUUUGAUGGAGAUCCAGAAGACCUUUAGCCAGGAGAGGUAAUUCGCAAAUGUUUUUGGAUAGUUUGAGUUUAUAGUUACGCUAAGCUUUUGAUCGUUUUCUGGGCAAAUUCUUGAUCCUCGAGUUUGAAAACACACGGGGAUCAAGUGUUUAUUCACUCUGACUUUUUGAUUGCAAAGUAACUCGACUAACUACAUGUUUGACUCCAAUACGUGGGAUUUCAUGGAAAAUCAAAGAAGUCGAGACCGAAAAAAAUGCACUUAGAUUCAAGGAGGUUCUCAGCGGGGUGAUGGCUUUUAAGGCUGAUGGUUACAAUUUCGGCGAUUUUACGGCUAACGAUUUAGUUCCUUCCUUCCUUCACGGUUAACCUUUCUUACGACUAACAGUUAAAAUUUGACCGUCUCUACGCCUAACGGUUAGUUCCUGUUCAAGGAAUGUCAAUUCUGCAUAUACUGUCUCGGUGCAGGUGUUUGCUUACAGUUGGUACAAGUGAUUUACAUCUUUCGGCGUCUGAGUGUUGCUGCAGAAGAAUACAUUCUUCCUUUCAGCAUCCUCAGAACUGAUAAAAAAAGGGCUGAGUGACUUCAAAAUAUGGUAAAAACAAAAGGUGGCUCAGGCGUUACCGCGGAGGAGUCACGAUAAUAAUUAUUCUUUAGGGAGUAUGCGUCGAGGUUGCUUCAGUAAAUGUUGAAUUUCGCAAGACAUUAGCCCAACGUCUGAAGCAGAGUCGUGCUUCCGCCGCACUAUGGUCGAACCUAAUUGCUAUUAGGUUUGGCACGGCAGAAGCAUGUCGUAUGAACUGGGCCUAAAUCGUUUUACAUAAGUUUUCUUCUUGUGCUUUACGUAUCAGUAACUAUAUACAAUAAUAUCUUCUUUGCAGAAAAGUGAAUCACGAGAGUCAGCUUCAAAACGGAAAAGAAGCCUGACUUGAGAUAUCAGUUAAUACUCGAGUGUUCAUCCUGCCAGCGGAAAUCAGGAGAAGCAUCAUGAUGAAGGGCGUUUCAAUAGCCAGUGAUCAGCUUAGUGCUGUAUAGCCGCUUCAAAUUGCUAUUUAAUGUAUUUUUCAACUAUAUUGUAGAUUUAAAAAUAUGAAGAUUUUGAAAUUUCAAACCUUCUAUCUUGAAAAAUGGAAACCAAAUGUGUAUUAGUCAUUCAUUAAGGAUCUACGAAAUAUUUACUCUUGUUGGGUUAAGCUUCUGAACAAAGUCCUAUCAACACGAGGCCGAUCGACUGAGAUAGAGAUACCUUGAGGAUGCCGUCAGGGGAGGUUAAAACAGUAUACCACCAAGGCACUGAAAUGUUCUUAAUUUGCAAUGUCAGUCCUAUUAUAUCACUGAUUAUUUCUUUUUACUUGACGUCUGAACUCCUCCUUCCCUCUUUGUUCACUAACAGCAAAACAUUGAACAACUUAAAAAAUGAAAUAAAUGAAUGAUUAGAUAUGCUAAACCUAUGUGUGAAAGAAAGAUAUUAAUGAAUAAGUUACCAGAUAG